AUGAGGAGGGCGAUGGAGGCUGUGUGCCGCUUCCACUCGUCAGACGAAGAGGCCGACACCGCCGCCAUCAUCAAGAAACUCGACGAGAUCGCUGCGUCGGGAAUUGUGAACUUCUGCGAUAAUCUGAACAUCAUCGACGCCGACGCGCUACCGAUACGCACGAAGGGGAACCUGGGCAUCAAGGGGCUUUCUAAGGGUAAAAAGCCCAAGCUAACGGUUGCUUGGGGACUGGUGGCGGCGGGAUACAUGACGCACAAGUGGGGCGAGGACAUGUUCCCGAUUCGCUGCCCUUUCAGCGGCCCCUCGCCGCCCUUUCAGCGGCCCGUCGCCGCCCUCUCAGCGGCCCGUCGGCGCCCUUUCAGCGGCCUCAUCGCCGCCCUUCCACGGCCCCGUCGCCGCUCAGCUGCCCAGCGCCCGAGCCGCCGGGCAGCCCAGCCACUGAGCAGCUGGGCUGCCGAGCAGCCGAGCCGCCCAGCCGCCGAGCCGCCCGACCGCCAAGCCGCCCAGCAGCUGAGCCGCCGAGCAGCCAAGCCGCCCUGCAGCCGAGCCAUCCGACCGCCGAGCCGCCCAUCAGCCGAGCCGCCGAGCCGCACCCCAGCCGAGGCGCUGCCGCUUGUCGCCCCGCCCGGGACCGCCCCACUUGCCUGGGACCACUUCCUCUCAGUUUGCCCCACCACUCUCACCGUUGACCUCCUUGAGAAGGCCCUCCUAGCGGUAGAGAAGUGCAUAGACGCUGUAGGAGCCUCUCGUGGUGACCCUCGCACCCCCGUCUUUGAGGGGUGUUCUCCCUCCCCCCUCUUGCCCUCUGUUGCCUCUGAUGCUGCGGCCAACCUCGUUGGCUUUGAGUCGGUCGGCGCUGCGUCUGCCCCAAGCGGGAAACGCUCACUGGCAAGGGCAAGAGGGGCAAGGGCACUAGAGGGGCUGGAGGGGGCGGUGGAGGUGGUGGUGGAGGCAGUGGAGGGAGUGGGGGUGGUGGUGGGAGUGGUGUCGGGGGUGGCGGCGGUGGCGGCAGCAGUGGAGGUGGCGUGGGUGGUGGUGGUGGCGGAGGGAGCGGAGGCGGCGGAGGUGGCGGAGGAGGCGGAGGUGGCGGAGGUGGCGGAGGUUGAGGAGGCGGCGGAGGCGGCGGCGGCGGCGGCGGUGGUGGAGCGGCACACAGCAGAUGUCAAGGACCACUUCCUCUCACUUUGCCCCACCACUCUCACCGUUGACCUCCUCGAGAAGGCCCUCCUAGCGGCAGAGAAGAGCAUAGUCGCUGUAGGAGCCUCUUGUGGUGACCCUCCCACCCUCGCCUUUGAGGGGUGUUCCCCCUCCCCCCUCUUGCCCUCUAUUGCUUCUGCUGCAGCGGCCGGCCUCGUUGGUUUCGAGUCGGUCGGCGCUGCGUCUGCCCCUAGCGCGCGACGGCGCACCGGCAAGGGCAAGGGGGGCAAGGGCGCUGGAGGGGCUGGCAGGGGCGGUGGAGGUGGUGGUGGAGGCAGUGGAGGGAGUGGGGGUGGUGGUGGGAGUGGUGGCGGAGGUGGCGGCGGCGGCAGCAGCAGUGGAGGCGGAGGAGGCGGCGGUGGUGGAAGAGGGAGCGCAGGCGGCGGAGGUGGCAUAGGAGGCAGAGGUGGAGGAGGCGGCGGACGGGGCGGCGGCGGUGGUGGUGGAGUGGGUCACGACUCUGUGCACAGGAGUGGCUCAGGUGGUGGUCCGCGCCCACAGCAGCGGAGUGGUGUGACCCCGUCCCCUCAGCAACUUCGUGAGUGGGCGGGGGUUCCCAUCUUUGAUCUUGACUAUGAUGCUAUCCUUGCUGCCAUGUAUUCUGUCACUACUAGUGUUGAGGGUGACUGUUACCUGUGUGUACCGCCUCACCCGGGCAUUGAGGCCACUGCUCUACGUGCUGGUGAGGCUGCAGCUCUAGGUGCUAGUGCGUCUGCUACUCUAGGUGCUAGUGCGUCUGCUGCCCCAGGUGCAAGUGCGUCACCUGCCCCAGGUGCUGGUGAGUCUGCUCUCUCAGGUACUACUCGGCCGGUUGCAGUCUCGCUUGCGGACCCCUCUAAGGGUCCUGUCCUUGCUACCUUCUCCACUGUCUUUCCGUGCCCGGCAGCCCCCUCUGGCACCCUGUCAGGUCUCUACCUCCCCUCGUUUUCUACGAACUUGGUGAGUGGAUCGGACCUACAGGAUAGGGGGAUUGACCAGUUCACUCCUGCGAGUCAGCGGGAGACCCACUGCACGCGUGCUCGGACAAGCCGACACUUGGCCACGUUCACCCGUCGACCAGGGUCGAGCCUGUUCACUCUUACUACUGAGUCUCCUCCGGCUGCUGAGUGUGCCCAGGUAGCUGCGUUGAGUCAGGUGUUUGCUGCAGCGUCCAGGUCUGGUCCUGAGUCUGCUCCCUUGGUCGUGUCGUCUACUGUCCCACCAGACUCUCCUCUGGCACCACCGCCUUGGUCACCCCUCCCUGCCUCGUCUCAAAGGCAUGGCCUCCCGUGUCCUUGUCUCUGA